AUGACCUUUGGCGUCAUUCAGAGCCAGCACUGGAUUGCCAAUAACCUCUUUGGCCUGGCCUUCUCCCUUAACGGGGUGGAGCUCCUGCACCUGAAUAAUGUCAGCACCGGCUGCAUCCUGCUAGGUGGCCUCUUUGUCUACGAUGUCUUCUGGGUAUUUGGCACCAACGUGAUGGUGACAGUGGCCAGGUCCUUUGAGGCACCAAUAAAACUGGUGUUUCCCCAGGAUCUGCUGGAGAAGGGCCUGGAAGCGGACAACUUUGCCAUGCUGGGACUCGGCGAUAUCGUCAUUCCAGGUGACCGGGCUGGGGCGGGGGGAGUGUUCCCCGGAUCAAGGGGUGCUGUGAAACAGACAGCCUCGGCCAGUGGCUUGAAGAAGAACACCCACACCUACUUCUACACCAGCUUUGCAGCCUACAUCUUCGGCCUGGGCCUUACCAUCUUCAUCAUGCACAUCUUCAAGCACGCCCAGCCUGCCCUCCUAUACCUGGUCCCCGCCUGCAUUGGCUUUCCCGUCCUGGUGGCACUGGCCAAGGGAGAAGUGACAGAGAUGUUCAGCUACGAGUCCUCAGCGGAAAUCCUGCCUCAUACCCCAAGGCUCACCCACUUCCCCACAGUCUCGGGCUCCCCAGCCAGCCUGGCCGCCUCCAUGCAGCAGAAGCUAGCUGGCCCUCGCCGCCGGCGCCCGCAGAAUCCCAGCGCCAUUUAUGAGGAGUCAAAUCUUAAGGAUCCAGCAGUCGUGACAGAAUCCAAAGAGGGAACAGAGGCCUCAGCAUCAAAGGGGCUGGAGAAGAAGGAGAAAUGAUGCAGCUGGUGCCUGACCCUCUCAGGGCCAGACCAGGCAGGCGGGGAUGGACCAGCACAGGCCUGCACAGGCCGAGGGUGCCGGAGGCCUGGCAGCUCCCGGGAGGGGCAGGGGCAGCGGGACCCCUCACCUUGGGGCCUCUGUGGCCUGGUUCCCUGUCUCCCUUCUGUGGCCUUCCUCUGCCCCGCCCCAUCCCCUGCAGGCAAAGGAAGCCUCCAACUUUCCCCCAUUCCCUCAGGUGCCAGAUGGGAAAAGUGGGUCUGAUUUUUAGAUUUUUGUAUUGUGGACUGACUUUGCCUCACAUUAAAAACUCAUCCCAUUGCCCAGG